UUGCUCCUCACUCACUCCCCCCCUCCCCCUUUCUCCCCUCCUUCCUCUCUUCCUUCUUCAACCGAUUUGGGUGUCCGGAAACACGAAACCCUAAAAAAAAUUCUUAAUCUCUCUCUAGAUCCAGGAGUCUCUACGCGUACGACUCCCAUACCUGCAUGAGAUGGGGAGCACCGGAGGUACUGGGCUGGCUACGCCGCCGCCGCCACCGCCGGUAGUUUGCUGCAUGUGUGGCGAUCCCGGGCUUCCGGUAGAGCUUUUUCGAUGCAAGGUCUGCCACUUCAGAUCUCAACACAAAUAUUGUAGUGAUCUCUACCCGAAGGCGGAGACAUAUAAGGCAUGUAACUGGUGCUUAAGGGAGGAGAGGGGAAAGGCGCUCGCCCGUGAGUUGGCGACAGCAAUCGACAGUAGCGCUGGGCCGUCGGGCAAUGGUAACGGAUCCUUGGGAUGGAAGCUGCAGCGCGGAGCUUCGCCGCUUCAGCUGAGCAAGCCCGUGAAGAAGCAGAGAGUGCCGGAGCGAGGGACGACGGCGUCGGCGGAGAAAAUGAGAACGGAUCAGGAGCUGUCUCCGGGGGCGGGGAGGGUUCGGCAGACCUUCAGAGGUAAGGUUAGGAGAUACAAGCUUCUUGAGGAGGUUUCCAGCUAGAUCCCAAUAGUAACAACAUGUUCUGUAAAUGGGGGAAUGAAUGGUUAUGGUUGAUGCCUUGUGGGAAAGGGAAUGAGAGAUGGAGAAGAAGAGGGAUAGUGUGCUUGGUUGGGGGUGAUAAGCUGUAUUUUCUUGAAAUAGUAAUAAUAACGUGGCUGUGUAAUUUGGUUGGUUGUGAAGGGUGAUGUAUGAUGACUGGCUCCCACAACAACUCUGGCUCGUCUAAGAAAACUGAUCCAAUGAAUGAAUGAUUGUGAUGAGAGUGGAACCUCGGCCGCGUGGCUCCUAGUAGGUUUCCGUACCCCAACGCGUCUCGGAUACUGGGUCAAUGCUUGACUGCACUAAAGUUUACGUGGGACCAUGGUCAAGAAGAAUAAAGUUUAUGUUUUUAAAAUAAAUUUAUAUUUAAAUUGCUUUUAAUAUCAAUGUAUA